GUAAACAAAAAAUAUGGCGUCCACGUGUUUCCGUUUUAUGUGCUGUCAUUUGAGAAAGUUGACUCCGACGAGGCUUACUAUCAAUGCAAUCAGCAAAGGAAGUAGGCCAGCACCGAAACUCAUUCUUUUGUCGACAUUUGUAGCACUCUGUGAUGAUAACGCAAAACAGAAAUCGUCGAAUAUAGAGGACAAACACAAGGAUCCUGACCAUAGCACACUGACAACAGAAUAUCUCCUGAGGAAUGCUAGCUUGUCAUCACUCGACUCAGCCCUCCGACUUCUGUCUGUGACUACAGUGGCUUUGUCAGACGUAGAAAAAGAAUAUGCAAGGUGGGCAUUUGUUCUGGUCAAGUUUAUGAAGGUCAGACUGACUGUUCUUGGCAAACCAGGAGAGGAGGAACGAGUCUGGGACUUGAUCUUACAGACUAGACAUAAACUGGGCGAGCUCAAGCAACGGAGACUGGACUUGACCCUUUUGUACCAGACAGUGAUCACCAUGGUUUCUGCUGCAGCUGAGGCUGCACUCAUAGCAGGUAUAGAAUACCAGGUGUCAUCUGCAAAUGAGGCCAUGCAAAGCUCACAGCUAUCCCUGAAAGGUAUACAGGAUACAAGUUUAGAGGCAGAGAAGGAACUCACAAAUAUCCAGGUGGAAACCAUCGCCAAGGAAACCAAGCAUGCUGAGGCAGAGGAAAAGAAAAAAGAAAAGAAAAAAGAAAAUGAGGAAAAAAAUCAACAAGAAGGAGAGGAGAAGAUAACAAAGGAAGCCCCUGAAGGGGAGAAAGAAACUGGCAGAGAGGAAAACUUAGAGAGUCAAGAGGUCAUUAUAACAGAUUUCAAAACUGAUGAACUAGAUAGGCUGAAUAAGGAACGUUAUGUUACCUUUGUUGACGACUCCAAAGUGGGGGAGAACAAUGAUGUUGAGAGUGAUAAUAGUGAUAGUAUUUUUAACGAGAAUGUGCAAGUUGAUUCCGAUGACAAAGCCACGGAAAAAGAAAUAUUUCUGGAGGAAAUAAAAAAGGAUAAAUUUGACCCAGAUCAGUGGAAGGACCAGUAACAAAGGACUGUAUGUAUGGUUUACAAAUCCAUCAACAUAUUGUACCUUUAAAUGGACUUUUCAAGUCACCGGUUCCCUAAUUGUGAAUACCUCUCUGAUACUAUUAUGAAAAGAUUUAUUUGUAUUUUUAUAUGAUGGUUGCCAUGGUAACAAGUUGAAAUGUUUGUAAAUAAGAGAAAAUAUAAUAUUCAGUUCAUCAUGUCAUGAUUUUGCAUAUUGAAGGGACUGAAAUGAUACUUUGCUUGCAUUAUCCCACUGGUCUGUAAUUAUCCAUGCUCCUGUUUGGAAGAAAGAAUCGCCACCAAGCAUUUAUCUUCAGAUUUUACAUGUGGCGCUUGUUCCUGCUAUUUCUCAGAGACCGCUUUAGGGAUCAUGAUGAAACAUUGAUGGCGUAUCUUCUUGGUUAAUAGUUGUAAUUGUUCUUAUUUAAGAUAUAUUGGGGAAACAGAAUGGCCUCCAAGUAGACAACUUUUAUUUUGCAUUUCAAGGUUUUUUGGAGUGUUUAUGAUAUCACAUCAUGAUCAUUGCACAAUUAAACAACGCCAAUCAAUCCCUCAGUCAUUACUUGAAAAAGGGACCAGUCAGUCUUGAAUGAAACACUGACAUAUUUAUAUGUUCUUGGUGUAGUAAGCAAAACAUUAUUGUAUUUCCAAACUUAUGAAUUUUGACUCUUUCAAUUAUUGAAAUCCUCUGGUAUUAAUUUCAGAAUAUUUCAUGAGAAUUAAACAGAACAAAUGUAAUGCAAAUAAUGGUAAAAUAAAAAUAAGCUCUGAAAGUGAGUCGUAUUUCUGAAUUUUUCUUUCUAUUGAUUUCAUCAGCUGUAUAGAAAUAUAUAUCAUGCAAACACACACUUACAUAGAGAAUAAAACAAAGGUACCAGGAAAUGACACCAGGAUCUACUCGAGUCUAUGUGUUUUCGAGCGAUUCUAAGUGCAUCGUCACUGGGUGUGUUGGUAAAGACAGAUACAACAUCAUGUAAUAUGAAUGCUUUGUCGUUAAUUAUGAACCAUGAUCAUGAACAUAUUUUCGCUAGAUGUUUAGAUGUUUUAACAUGGUGGUCCUAUUUUCCUCCUACCAGUCGAAGAAUGUCUGCUUAAGACCUGGAACCAGUAUAGUCCAAAAUAGGUCACAAUGGGUUCCUCUUUUUAUGGAUCUUGGAUGUUUGGAUUCGCACCUUUUUAACUUUUGAGUUGGAUUGAUUUGAAGCUGUUCACAUGUUUUGCUGUUCCGAAGCAUGGUCACAACCUUUCCCUCAUAAUUGUCGGUAUCCAUGACGACUGUUGCUUUACAACUAUCAGCUAAUAAUAUUGUAAUAGCUUUGUUCCUGCCUAAUAUUUAAGUGCGACCUGCUUUUCUUGUGUCAUGCUACUUCUUGGUAUGUUUGUAGAUUUUAGAACCCACGUCACAUGUGAUCUCCGUUAAUCAUCUACAGCAUGGCUCAGUUCCUUUCACGUUUGUUCUGUUGCUAUGACGAAAUAAUCAACCGGCAUUUUUUCUGGAACGAUGAAAUAGUUCAGACCCUUAGCGAGUAACGUUUUAUCACUACCCACAUAUUCUGCAAAGUAUCAUUCAAAGCAUCCUCGAUAUCCAGGGGUUAUGCUUACUUUCGCUGUCUGCACUCCUGGGAUAUGUCAUAUCAAAAUUGAAGGCUCAGUGUACGCCACCUUGUUCCUUUGAUAUACAUCAAAA